AUGGUUGUUAUAGCUCAUACCGGGCCCAGUGUCCAGCCUCAGGAUGAGGUGGACCUGACAGACGACCAGAUUCAACAGCUCCUGCUGGAGGCAGAAGGACGUCUGCGCGGUCCUGUUGUCUCAUCCACCGGGGACCCCGACGCCUCUUCCUUAAGGAUUCCCAAAUUAUCUUCGGGGACCACUUUGGAGCCGUAUGUUCGUCAGGGUGAUGAGAUUGCCACUGUCGAUUCGGCCCAGCUCAUAGACCCAAAGCAGAAGGAGCUAUCUAAUUCGAUCCGCUCUCUUGGUGCAAAGAACCCGAAAAAGGAGAAACCUACCGCUGGACCGGACUGGUUUGACCUCCCCAAGACUGAGUUGACUACCGAACUCAAGAGGGACCUGCAACUCCUCCGUAUGCGUUAUGUGCUUGACCCCAAGAGACACUACAAGAAGGAAAACGGCAAAGCCAAACCGCCGGAGUUCUCUCAGGUGGGAACUAUCAUCCAGGGUCCGACAGAGUUCUUCAGCGGCCGCAUUGCAAAGAAAGAUCGCAAGAAGACCUUUGUCGAGGAGACAAUGGCCGUGGAGCGAGAGUCACGACGCUUCGAAUCCAAGUAUCGUGACAUCCAGAGCACAAAGCAGAGUGGAAAGAAAGCCUUUUACAAUAACCUACGGGCAAAGCGGAACCGGAAAACUAAGUGA